ACAUAAUUAAAGUUGAUACGUUGAUUAUUCCUCCAGAAAAAUGUAAGAGUGAUGGAAUCGAAGGUUGCUUCCGUGAUUCUAGGCUGUCGCGUAAGGUAUUAGGUCGGGCAUAAACAAUCCGGUGUGGUGCUAUGUUCUGCUUGAUGUCAUAUUCUUGGGAGAGUGUUCCCUGACCCUAGGCGAUUUGUGAUUCGUUGAAACAGUCAAAAAACUCCUCGACAUGUAUGACACGAAGUUAAUCCCGAACCGGAUUCUUCCCCUUCGCCAUGUUUCUCAUCGAACAUUUUAUCCGCCUCUGCGCUGUUUUCCUGCCUGAAGGGCCUGUAGUUGAUAUGAUGGCAUCUAAACAAAAAGAAUGGGAUGUCAUGAUUUCUUAUGAAUGGAAAAGUGGAGAGGAUUAUGCAAAAAGACUUAAUGAAUAUCUGAAGAGAGCUGGUUAUACAGUUUGGAUAGAUAAAGAGCAAAUGCUUGGUGACAUGCUAACAGGGAUGGCUAAAGCAGUUUCAUACUCUAAUAUAAUAAUCUUAUUGAUAUCAGAGGGUUAUUCUGAAUCCCACAAUUGCAAAUCAGAAUACCACCAUUCACAUACUAUGAAAAAAAUUAUUAUUCCAGUGAAAGUGGAAAAUUAUCACCCUCCAGGUGAUUCUGCACUUGGUAUCUUGAUUAGUGGAAAAAUCUACUACAAGCUCUUUGAAGAUUUUGAAGCUAAUGCAAAAAAAAUUCUUCUAGAGAUUAGACUGGCCAAAGAAAACUUAGAUAAAGAUAAUAUGAAGAGUAAAAAGGAAGAUGAGUUAGCCCCUGAAAUGAAGGAACCAGUUGUUGAAAUGCCAAAUGCUACAAAAGACAAAGAACGACUUUGCGGUACAGAUGAAGUUUCAGAUCAAAAACCACCAAAGCAGGAAAAGCAAGGUGUCAUAUAUAACUUCAAUUUCUAUGGUUCAUCAGUACAAGUUGGUGAUAAUAACAGAAUGGAUGUUGUCGCUGAUGCUAACAUAACAAGCAGAGCUUUUAAUGACACAUCUUUCAAGGAGAAAAUAAAAGUAGCAACCCAUGAUUUUCCACUCAUGUCAUCAAUUGAUAAACUUCAAACUCAACAAAAGACUGAAGUUACUGCACCAAACAUUCCAGCACAAGAGACAACUAUUGUUGAUGGCAUGCAAAGUCUUGGGAUUUCAAAAAAAGUGGAUGAAGCCCUUACACCUGAUGAAGCGUUAGCUAUAGGCUUGUCGCGUAAAAUAAUUGACUUUGAGGAAGACUUUCGUGAAGAAUUGGCCGGAAGAUUAUCUUCAGAAUCAACAGUGACUGGAAACUGGGCAAAAGCUGCACGCCUCUUGCAAAUUAACCACAUUGUUAUUGAUAAAAUGAGAGACAAGGGUGUGGCACAUAGAUUGCUUUUCCUGAAGCUCAGAGACGACAGGCCACAUUUGAAAAUUUAUGAAAUCAAACAUAUUUUAGAGGAAAAGAUGAAAAGAAAACCACGACGAGAUGUUUUUUAUAAAUAUGCAAAAAAAGAAGGACUACCUUCACUAGAUCGUGAGAUCGGAAGCCUGAGUAAAGAAGAGUUUGAAGCCAUUUUAGAAAAUAUUGCCGAUGAACUAAUUGCUGAUAAUAUUCGAGGUAGCUGGAGAGAUCUUGGCGGCCAUCUUUCGUUUCGACCAAAUGUUCUUGAUGAAAUAGGGGAAGCAGGAAAACCCAGCAACGCUACAUCUUCAGCUCGCAUGUUUAUAAACUACUUGUGUUCAAUAAACUUAGAGGUGAAAAAGCUGGUAGACGUUCUUGAAAAAGUGCGUAGAAAUGACAUAAAGGAGCUCAUUACAAAGCGUCUUCAACAGGAUGACUGCUGGAUUGAAAGCUGUGCAAGUAUAAAGGACCAAUAGGCACAAGAACAAAGUGGGUAACUAGCAUGGUUUUUGCUUCAGUUUAUAUGAUAAGGAAAAGGAGUAAUGAUGACUUUAAGAAAGACAUUUGCAGUUACAUUUAAGAGACAUUUAAGAAAGACAGAAAUUUGUAGCAAUUUUUAUCUCUGUCAUUUUUAUUAAAAUUCUUAGCCAUGAUAAUUAAGGAAUUCAUAUCACAUUGCCAUUUAUAAGCAACCCAGUAACUAUACUCUCAGCAAAGAAUUUAUGUGAGGUAUUUUUAGAAUAUUAGAAUAUUGAGAAGUCAGCAUAUUAUGUUCCAAAUUGACUGUGAUAAUGAUUCCAGCAAGCGUAAUUAUUGUUGUUUUGCAUGGUAGAUAAACUUUAGAACCAAGACCAAAUUACAUCUAUUGAUUCAGUAAGAACCUGUUCUUAUUUGCUCAUCUAAUUUGUAACAAAUUCAACCAUGGUUUUCAAGAUCUAAAUCUUUACAUUUAAUAGUGCUCUUUCAGUUUUUGUGGUCCAAAUUCAAAAAUUGUAAAAUAAAAUUUUAUGAUGCAAA